AGAUGGUGUUUUUUUGAAUGUAUGCCGGGUUUAUAUGUAAUUUCUUACGCCAUACUCUUUUGUCAUCUUCCUCUUCUACAGAUACUCUUUGAAUCUCUAUGAGCGUGGUAACCGACGUGUCUAGACAGUGGCUCGGUGGCUACGUUGUGGUUCGUGUAUCUGUGACCUCGAGCGUGAUCGUCUUCGAGGCGCACAUGCAGCUAGUUAUGAUCGGUUUGAAGGCGAAGAGUUUAGAAUCAGAGGUUUCGAAGGAGGAGACAAGAACGGAGACACAGCUGAUUAUGGCUAAUCCUCAGCAGGGGACGCAACAACCCUUUCCAGGGUUCAACGCGAAUCCCGUACCUAUGAACACGGCUGGUCUGCAGGCUGGCUCAGUCUCGUGCCAUUUAUGCGGCAAGUAUGGGCAUUAUGCCCGCAACUGCUGGGCGGCGGGAAAUGGGCGCCGUCCCCAGCAUUUUCAACACCAACAGCAUACGGCACCUGGGAUGGACGAUGAGACUAGCGAGAUGAAGGCCUUCUUCCGCAAGAAGAUACAGAAGCAGAAAGCCGAGGAGGAGAGGCGGGAGAGAGAUCGUGAAGAGCAGAAGAAAAGACUUGACGAAGAAAAGAGAGAAGCGGAUAGGCUGCGGGAGGCUGAGGCCAGAGAAGCGCGCUUAGAGGCAAGAUUAGUGAGGCUGAUGACUCAGCACACUAAAUCGGUGAACACGGGCAUAGUGCCGGUAGCAAGGACGAAAUCACCGAAGUCGAAGGCGCGUAUGCUUAGAGAGAUUUGUAGUUAUAUCGACGAAUCCGAAGACGAAAGCGAUGAAGUGAGAGAGGAAGCCGGACGUCUGAUUGAUGCGAUUGAGAGGAGGAAGGGGAAGAGGAAGAUUGAGGGUGGGAAGGCACUAUCAGCAUCUAGACCGAAGACCACGAGAGCUUGCCCGAUUAUCGUCGAGGACGUACCCGAUGAUGUUCAUACUCCACCUGCUAAGAGAAGAGGCGUUGCGAAUGAUACGCCGAGCGGCGAUAUGCUGGAAUACAUCAUCGAGAUGCACCGAUCUCUCUCUGCGAAGAAGGCGCCAGAGUUGAAGAAGAUUUGUAAUGAGGAGGGUAUCGAAUGGACGAGAAAGGAUCAGACCGUUAGCGAGAUAGUGCGGUGUCGUGCCAAACUGGCGUACGGAGAAGUGGAUGAUUCUGCACAUUUGUCUUCGUUGGCUGAGAGAGGUCAUUGUCCUUGGGCAAAGAAAUGGAUCGACAUGCUCGGUGAAGAGGUGGGUGAUCUUACUACUAAGGGAUCCGGUAUUUACGUAUUAGUAAGCCCCUGGUGCCGUCACACGUAUGUCGGCCGCACCAUGAGGAACUUCAUUCUUAGGUGGUCGGAGCACGUAAAGCUAGCCAUAGCUGGUAAGAUGGGCAAUGCCCCCAAACUGCACGCGUGGUUAAGAGUAUUCGGAUGGGAUAAGUAUCUCGUAUUACCGGUGAUGGUUCAAGUGAGCGAUCCCCUUGUAAUCGAGAAGGCACCGAUUAAGAGAUAUUCACCGGCUAUGAACACGCAUGGGCGGUGCCGAGAUGGCAGGAAAUCUAGAAGGAGGAAAGGUAAAAGGGAAAGAGGACAGAGGGGGGUGAACAAGAUACAGGGGAGAAUGAUUACCUUUAACAAGACAGCGUCGUUGAUCGAUCUCCUGAAAGGGUUCCUCGGGAGUGAUGGGCAGCGAUCCAUCGUGUCCAGUGGAGGGGAUGUAUGGGCAGAUAGAUGGAGGGUUGUGAAAGGUAAGGUAGGGGAGAGUACGUUGAGGGUUUCUGGAAACGUCUUGCCGAUAAAAAUGUGUCGACGGGUCCUGGAAGCCAGAGGGACAUUUGACGUGGACAGGAUCAAAAUUACCUCAUCUGCUGUAGAACAUGGACGGUAUGUGCUCCGGGACCUGCUCGCCCAACUGUGGAGGGUGAAAGACCUCUACCGGAAGGGUUCCGCGGAGCUCAUUGCAUUGUAUAGGACGGCUAGUACGUUCGGUCGGAAGUGUACUAGGAACCAGCUGAAGAUUACCAUCACGAGGGUGAUCAGGAAGGUUCACGGGUUCGAAGUGCGUAACAGACCACGGGUUAAGAUGCCGUUCUCCACCAAUAUCAUCUCGAGGAAUGUGAGAGAUCUGGCGGCUCGGGCUUUAGAGGGAUUGAUCAGUGAUCUUCCCAUCCGGAGGUACAUUGUUGCGAGAACUCGCGUUGUCUUUAGCCGAAGACGCAACGUCGGACAAGUGAUACAUAAUCAGCGCCGUUGGGCCGGGAUGCAGAAGGCGGUAUUCACCUGUGGAGACAUGGACUUACCGAGAGCUCGAGGACAUGUGAAAGUGAGGUUGGAUGAGAUACCCGCCACUCCUUCCUUCGUGAAGAACUCCAAGAACGUGACAUGCGGUGAUGACUUGUCACCAGGUAAAUUACGGGAAUGCAUCGUGUCUGCAAUUAGGCCCUGGAACCGGGGGAGACCCGUACUUAUCAGUGAUGGCGAUCUGAGGAACUGCAUGAAGACGCAGGCUAGGCGUUCGACCCAAGCCUUGACGACCCAGGAAGUACUCCUCUGGUCUCGAUCGAUCGAGCAGCUGGUCACAAUACCGAUCGAUAGGAACCCGGGAGCGUCCUUGGUGGUGUGCCCGGUACUUUACCUGCACGCUUGCGAGUUGACGUUUAAUGCUAAUCCCAGCUAUCUACCGGUUCGAGAAGAAGAAGGUGAGAUCAUCGGUAGGAUGAAGGCCGCCUACACACAGACUGGUCUCACGAGGAUAGCUGCAUGGGGCAAAGGUGGGGAAGUAGGACAUGCAUAUGUCCUGCCAAAGGAUAAGGACCUGGAUCGAUGGAGACCGAUCGCUCCUGCGACCAAAGAUCCCGUUCGACUGGUUGGAUCGAGGGUAGGACGGGCGAUACGGUUUAUGUUGUUUGGGAUUGGGGAUGGGAGACAUUUCGACCUGCGUUCGAUGAAUGAUCUGCGGAAGCAAGCGACCUGUAUCCAAACAGACAUCAGGAGGGUCGUUGAUAGGAUUGUUGCUUGAAGCUAUGACGUCAAGGAUAUGUUCGCUAGGCUAUCACACGA